CUAUAGUUUCCGCUUUCCUUUUCAAUCCAGCGCAGCGAAAGAAGGUUUUCUCAAGGGGUCAAUUUGUAUGUAAGAGAGAGAAAUAAGAGUUUCUGGUGAUAGAAUUUCUAAUUUUCUCUCUCUAAACUUAACAUCUUCGGAAGCCAUGGGAAUCUGGGAUGCUUUUCUUAAUUGGCUUAGAAGCCUCUUUUUCAAGCAGGAAAUGGAGCUUUCUUUGAUAGGACUUCAGAAUGCAGGAAAGACUUCUCUUGUAAACGUUGUGGCCACUGGAGGAUAUAGUGAAGAUAUGAUCCCUACUGUUGGAUUCAAUAUGAAGAAGGUAACCAAAGGGAAUGUUACAAUAAAGUUGUGGGAUCUUGGAGGUCAACCAAGGUUCCGCAGUAUGUGGGAGAGAUACUGCCGUGCUGUCUCUGCUAUAGUUUACGUUGUUGAUGCUGCUGAUCAUGAUAAUAUAAGCAUCUCAAGAAGUGAACUUCAUGAUCUGCUUAGCAAAACCUCAUUGGGUGGCAUCCCUCUGUUGGUGCUCGGAAAUAAAAUAGACAAGGCUGGAGCUCUCCCAAAAGAAGCUCUUAUGGAUCAAAUGGAUCUCAAGUCAAUUACAGACAGAGAAGUAUGCUGCUUUAUGAUCUCAUGCAAGAACUCUACAAACAUUGAUGCAGUUAUUGACUGGCUUGUGAAGCACUCCAAGUCAAAGAGCUAAAUAGAAGGAUUAUCCCCCAUCCACAUUCUUGUCUUUAUGUUUAUUAUAAAUUCUUGUUUAUUAGUGAACUCAUUAAACUUUGGCAUUGCUGUGUUGAUAUCCCUUACAUAGAGCUUUAUAGUGGUUGUACAUUAGGUUUUGUUUGUGAAUGAGAGAACUUUUGGUGUGUGUUUCCUCCC